UUUUAUAAUGAAAUCUUUUCUUAUGAAGGAUAAUUUUGUAUUUCUUAUAGUUCCAAGUAUUUUACAAGAUUCGGUCAAAAAAACGUACGACAAUAUCCUCGAAUUAUUGGAACGGUUAAUGACAAAGGUUUACGAAUUCACUGAUGUCAUAGAAAAAAUCAUUUCUUCAAUAGUGAUAAACGAGGACGACGAUAUAUGUUACUCGAAAGAUAAUUUCAAAUGGGCAAUUGAAAUUUUAACGGCAUCUCGUCAACAGGAAAUAUAUAUCAGAAAAUUACUGUCCGACGUAGAGCACAGUGGGAAUAUUAUAAAAAAUCUGAUCGAACAUCUGCAACAACGUCUGGCGAAACUUCAUGAAACGAUGCGUUACAAGACAGCCAUUCCAACAACUCAAGUUUAUCCACAGUUCAUCGACCUAGCAGAUAUAUGGAUGGGAUUACAGGAUGAAGUGAUCAUAUUAAGUAAUAUUAAUAAUUUCCUCUGGGAGAUACACAAUUUGAAUAUUAAGAAUAUAAACGUAUACGAUCAAGAAAUAUUCAAGGAUAUAAUAAUAAAAAACGUAAACGUUUUAACAGACGCUGAACGUCUCGAACUGUCAAUGGGUGAAACGAUAACAGAUUGUGGCGAUUGUACUAUUUAUUAUCCGAACAAUACAAAGGAUUUUGAUAAAAUCGAUUUGGAGUUUCUCGGUUUUUGCGCUUGGAUGUUCGUAACGGGGAAAGGAGCUUUAAUUCCAGCAAAUCCCAACAAUGGGGUAGCUAAAUGGCGAGGGAGGUAUUAUGCUUUCAGUUCAGCAGCAGCUGCUCGUCUUUUUGGAAAGGAACCAGAUAAGUGCGUUGCAGAGGCUCUGAAUUUUGUCAGGGAUCACAUAGAAUACGUCUAUUUAUUCAAGAUGUACGAGGACAUCGAAACUGUGAAAAAUAAGGAAUUAACGGAAGAUGAAUCAGAGUUAAAGACUUGUCAGGAUCAAACGGUUCAAACUGAUACACAUAUUUUACCACCACAAAACGACGAUACAAAUUACAUUUGGAAUGUUUGGGAACUUAGAAGAAGAGCUCUCUCUUUGGCUAACGUAAGACAGCGCGCAACGCGUAGCACGCAGACUCAUUUGUCAAACUUUAGAAGCGGUGCCUACGUGCAAGCAACACCACCGAAAGACAAGGAAGUACAAACCAAAAGAGACAAUUAUACGAACACGAAGAAACUUCUAACUUAUAUUUUUGGAUUACGAGGAAGACGCGACAACAACCAGCACGUUAUCUCUUUCCUCGAAGAGAAACUUGAACACUUAGAAAACUCCACUUAGAAAUCCCAAACCCAACCACCACCACCACCUCCUUUUCUAUUAUUUUUUUUUGCUUUUUUAUUUUUUUUUUCACAUCACUAUCUUAGCAAAACUUACAAACGUAAAAAACGUUGGUAGUUUUUCGUUAUAAAAAAAUUAAGAAAACUCAAUAAAAAUUCUUCAUCAUCAUCGACUGAUUGAUUGAUUGAUUGAUUGAUUAAUUGAUUGAAUGAUAGAUCGAUUGAUUUAAUUUGAGUUUAUUAAAAAUUAUGGGAUAAUAUCAGAAGAAUGAGGAACAUACAUUAUGAUAAAUAACGUGGAAAUAAAUGGUGACACGAGAAAUGCUUUUUGUUUCUUUCUACUUUCUUCCUAAAAAAAAAAAAUUUUAAAGCAAUACUUUUUAAUGAGACGGUUUUUCCUUUUUUUUUUUUUUUUUAUUACAUUUACGGAAAACAACAGCAGCGCGUUGCUUGAGCCAUAUGUUAUUCCUCUUAACACAAGAGCAUGAAAAAGUGCGAAAGAGAGAAAUAA